CGCUCUAGCUUGUAGCGCAGACUCGCCGCUUACUCUCGGCUUCUUCACCAUUUCACCGGAACGUGUGUGCCGCGCGCGCGACAGCGAGCAACAGAGAUAGGAGUAGAAAUGGUGGUUCGCUCCCUGGACAACGUGGUGAUAAAGUCCCCGACGGAUCGACGAUCCUAUCGAGUCCUACAUCUCCCCAACGGCCUCACAGCGGUUCUCGUUCAUGACCCCGACAUAUUCCCCGACGGCGCCCUGCAGGGUGAUUCCGAAGCGGAUACCCGAACCCAAGCCCUAGUUUCAGAUGACGACAGUAUGGAGGACGAUGACAACUCUGACGAUGAAGAAGACAAUGAAGGUUACAGCGAAGACGAAGAAGAGGAGGAAGACGAAGCAGGUGAUGGAUGCGAGAGCAAAGGAUGGACAAAGAAGAGUGCCGCUCUCACCAAAAAGGCUGCCGCUGCAAUGUGUGUUGGAAUUGGAAGCUUCUCUGAUCCUGAUAAGGCACAGGGUCUGGCACAUUUUUUAGAACACAUGCUUUUUAUGGGGAGUUGUGAAUUUCCUGAUGAAAAUGAGUAUGAUAGUUACCUUUCGAAGCAUGGAGGUUCCAGUAAUGCCUACACUGAGACCGAGUACACUUGCUACCACUUCGAAGUUAAUCAUCAGUUUCUCAAAGGAGCUUUAGAAAGAUUUUCUCAGUUUUUUGUAUCACCCCUAGUUAAGGCUGAAGCUAUGGAACGGGAAGUGUUAGCAGUUGAUUCUGAGUUCAACCAAGUUUUGCAAAGUGAUAGCUGCCGUCUUCUGCAACUUACUUGCCAUACAUCUACACCUGGUCACCCAUUUAACAGAUUCUUCUGGGGAAAUAAGAAAAGCUUGGUUGAUGCGAUGGAAAAUGGAGUUAAUCUGCGGGAGGAAAUCUUGCUAAUGUAUCGGGGAAACUAUCAUGGGGACAUAAUGAAACUUGUGGUUAUUGGAGGAGAGUCACUUGAUAUCCUCGAGAAAUGGGUAGUAGAACUUUUCAGCAAUGUUAAGAAAGGCAACUCGGUGAGGGCCAUUAUUGGAUGUGAUAUUCCUGUAUGGAAGUCUGGUAAACUUUAUAGAGUUGAAGCUGUCAAAGAUGUUCAUGUACUAGAGUUGUCAUGGAGUUUACCCUGCCUUCAGAAGGAAUAUCUCAAAAAACCAGAGGAUUACUUGGCACAUCUUCUCGGGCAUGAAGGCAGUGGCGGCCUAUUUUUUUUGCUUAAAGCUAAAGGUUGGGCAACAUAUUUAUCUGCUGGUGUUGGUGAUGAAGGCAUGUACCGUUCUUCAAUUGCUUAUGUGUUUGUCAUGUCAGUCAAUUUGACAGAUUCUGGAGUAGAAAGGAUAUAUGAAAUUGUUGGAUUUUUGUACCAAUACAUCAAAUUGCUUCGUCAAUCUGGUCCACAAGAAUGGAUAUUCAAGGAACUACAAGACAUAGGAAACAUGGAAUUCCGAUUUGUUGACGAGCAGCCUCAGGAUGAUUAUGCUGCAGAACUUGCAGAGAAUUUACAUUUUUAUUCUGAAGAACAUAUCAUUUAUGGGGAUUAUGCUUUUGAGCAGUGGGAUCCAAAAUUGGUAGAAUAUAUCUUGAGCUAUUUUUCCCCGAAAAACAUGAGGAUCAACGUGUUAUCAAAGUUUUUCAACAAGGAAUUACAGGGCGGCCUAUGUGAACCAUGGUUUGGAACAUCAUAUGUCGAGGAAGACAUCCCCUCAUCCAUUCUUGAAAUUUGGGGCGAUCCUCCCCAAAUAGAUCCAUCUCUGCACUUACCUUUGAAGAAUGAGUUUAUUCCUGAGGACUUCUCUCUUCGCAAUGCAAAAAUAUUGCAUAAUUCAAUUGAUAAAAAUUAUCCAAAAUGCAUCAUCGACAACCCGUUUAUAAAAUUAUGGCACAAAAUUGACCUGACUUUCAAUGUUCCUAGGGUAAAUGCUUAUUUCUUGAUUACUCUGAAGGAUGGUUAUAGCAGUCUAAGGACUUGCGUAUUAACAGAACUGUUUGUAAGUCUUCUUAAAGAUGAGCUAAAUGAGAUAAUAUACCAGGCUGGAGUUGCCAAGUUGGAUGCAUCAUUGACAAUUAUAGGCGACAAACUUGAGCUUAAGCUGAAUGGCUUUAAUGAUAAGCUGUCAACCCUUUUAUCUAAAAUAUUGACUAUCUCUUGGUCUUUCUCACCAAAAAUAGAUCGAUUCAAGGUUGUCAAAGAGAACAUGGAAAGAGCCCUAAAAAAUGCCAAUAUGAAGCCUUUGAGUCAUUCUUCAUACUUGAGAUUACAGGUUCUACGGGAAAAGUUCUGGGACGUAGAUGAGAAGCUGGCUUGCCUUGUUAAGCUCUCUCUUUCUGAUUUGGAGGCAUUUAUUCCGAUUCUUCUAUCUGAGCUACAUGUUGAAGGGCUCUGCCAUGGAAAUUUGUCGGAGGAUGAGGCAACCAUUAUAUCAGAUAUUUUCAUUAAUACCUUUUCUGUGAAACCUCUUCCUCUAAACUUGUGUAAUCACAAUCGUGUUCUUUGUCUCUCAUCAGAAGAAAAUCUGAUUAGAAGCAUGCCCGUGAAAAAUGACGUCGAAGUGAAUUCGGUUGUUGAGCUUUAUUUUCAAAUUGAACAAGAUAAAGGAUCAAAAGCCACCCAGUUGAGAGCCAUGACAGAUCUCUUCAGCAAUAUAAUUGGAGAACCUUGUUUUAAUCAACUAAGGACAAAGGAGCAGCUUGGUUAUGCUGUUGAGUGUGGUCCACGGAUGACAUAUCGUGUGUUAGGUUUUUGCUUCUGCGUUCAAUCAUCCAAUUAUAAUCCUUGUUAUUUGCACCAGAGGAUUGAUAACUUUAUUGGUGGUCUUCGUGAUUUACUGGAGAAGCUUGAUGACGAAACCUUUCAGAACCAUAAAAAUAGCCUGAUUGCAAACAAGUUGGAGAAAGACCCAUCUCUUUCAUAUGAAACUGGACGCUACUGGUCACAAAUUGUGGACAGAAGGUAUCAAUUUGACAUGCCAGAGCAAGAAGCUGAAGAGCUCAAAGCAAUUUCAAAAAGUGACCUUAUAAACUGGUACAACACAUACUUUGCACCCUCAUCCCCAAAGUGCCGGCGACUCGGGAUUCAUUUGUGGGGAUGCAACUACAAGUUAAGCGAGGAAGGCCGAACAGAAUUCAAGUUUGGAAAAAUUAUUGGCGACAUUUCCUCCUUGAAGCUGUCCUCUAAGUUCUACUCUAGCCUUUGUUGACAUUAAUGCUUGGAGAUGUCAAGCAAUGUUUGCAAAUGUUCGAAAAAUAAGAAGGGAAAUUU